UAACGAAUACAUACGUUUUGCUACAGCUCUAUCUCUAAUACGAGCGAACGGUAAACCUCGGAACUAUUCGGCGUUUUGAUCAAGACCCCCAAUUAAGUAACCUAUGGAAAUGGCUGACGAAGUUAUGUUUGAAUAUUUACAUGCUGAAAUUGUUUCAUAUGUCAUUUCAGAAAAUGAGAAUGAAAAAAAGGCAGGUGAUCUGUCAUCGUUAGAGUACCUUGGCUUCUCAACAGGCUACAGGAUCAUUGAAAGGUUGACCAAAGAGUGGCCUCGAUUCAAAGAUGAACUGGAAACUAUGAAGUUUAUUUGCACUGACUUUUGGUCCUCAAUCAACAAGAAACAAAUUGAUAACUUGAGAACCAAUCAUCAGGGCGUGUAUGUUCUUCAGGACAACACAUUCCGUUUCCUCACAAGGCUCUCGGCAGGUCGACAGUACUUGGAUAAAGCUCCCAGGUACGUUGCGUUCACGUGUGGCCUGAUACGUGGUGCACUCUCUAACCUCGGGAUCAACUGCAUGGUGACAGCAGAGGUUCAGACCAUGCCUGCGUGCAAGUUCCACAUACAGGUUCAGAGGACAUAACAAGACUGCUACUUGGGCAACAAAGAAUCAAGGCAUCGAUGAUAAACUGGGAACUUAUACAAAGCAUUGCCUCCUGAUUUUGUGCUGUUUAUAGGUACAUAUGUUUUUAACAAUCCAGGUGUUAUGUCUUAUUGUCAUCAUGUUAAUUGAUGUAACAAUAUGUCAAUACGGAUAGAUGACAUUUUGGUUUCAAAGAAUUUAUGUAGUUUCAAACUGGAAAAAAAAAUUAUAUUUAUGAAUUGUAACACAAUUGAUUAUUUAUAUUUUUUGUAUAUAAUUUAUUGUUAUUAGUAGUAUUAUUAUAAUGUAACUGUGUUUUCAAUCUUUGUACCUAUGAGAGAUGUGCUAUCUGAAAAGUGUCAAAAACUAUCUACAAUAAUAUUUCUGUUACAGAACCUUAAAAAUGUAUUUAUGUGCUAGGAAUAAAUUAUGAAAACACAAUUAAAA